AUGGCGCGAUACGGUCAGAGACCGGAGAAUGCCCUCAAACGGGCCAAUGAGUUUAUGGAUUUGGAGAAGCCUGCAAGAGCUUUAGAUACCUUGCAAGAAGUUUUCCGUAACAAAAAAUGGGCUUACAACUGGUCAGAAUCAGUGCUAGAACCAAUCAUGUUCAAGUAUUUGGAACUAUGUGUGGACUUGCGCAAGUCCCAUAUCGCAAAGGAGGGCUUGUUCCAAUACAGGAAUAUGUUCCAAUCUGUGAAUGUAGGUUCACUGGAGCAAGUUAUCAGAGGCUACCUACGCAUGGCUGAAGAGCGCACAGAAGCUGCUCGUGCACAAUCUACACAGGCAGUCAUUGACACUGAUGAUUUAGACAAUCUGGCUACCCCAGAAAGUAUAUUGCUUAGCGCCGUGUCUGGGGAAGAUGCCCAAGAUCGUUCUGAUAGAACUAUUCUUACGCCAUGGGUAAAAUUUUUGUGGGAAUCAUACUGCCAAUGCUUGGAGCUACUGCGUACAAACGCACAUGUUGAGACUCUGUACCAUGACAUAGCGCGAAUGGCCUUCCAGUUCUGUCUAAAGUACUCCCGCAAAACGGAGUUCCGAAAGCUAUGUGACAAGCUCAGGAAGCAUCUUGAAGAUAUUUGCAAACCUACGGUGCAAACUGGCAAUGUGAGCAUCUCCAAGCCUGAGACGCAGCAACUGAACUUGGAGACCAGGUUGUUCCAACUCGACAGUGCUAUACAGAUGGAGUUGUGGCAGGAAGCCUACAAAGCGAUUGAAGACAUUCACAACCUGAUGAAUAUGUCUAAGAAAACUCCUGUUGCUAAAACAAUGGCGAACUAUUACGGCAAGUUGGCUCUAGUCUUCUGGAAAGCUGGUCACUGCCUAUUCCAUGCCGCUGCACUGUUGAAACUCUUCCAGCUGUCUAGAGAGAUGAAGAAAAAUAUUACGCAGGAGGAACUGCAAAAAAUGGCGUGUCGCGUUUUGGUCGCGGUAUUGUCCGUACCAUUGCCAUCUUUGCACCCGGAAUUCGAUCGUUUUGUCGAGACUGAUAAGAGCCCAGUUGAGAAAGCCCAACGUUUAGCCGUUCUUCUUGGUUUAGCACAACCUCCGACUAGGGCAAGCUUGUUGAAAGAUGUUGUGCGCUUAAACGUCGUCGCUCUGGCAACUCCGCAGCUGCAGCAAUUGUACUCAUGGCUGGAAGUUGAGUUUGACCCACUAACACUCUGCAACAAUGUAAAGAGUGUUAUCAAGUCUCUCGAGGAAGAGCCUAAUUCACCGCUAGCUCAGUAUACAAUAGCGCUAAAUGACGUUGCUCUCGUACGUCUAAUCCGCCAGGUAGCACAAUGCUACGCUUGCAUUCAAUUCUCAAGAUUACUGGAGCUGGCCUCAACGGACGAUCUGUUCCACCUGGAGCGAUUGCUGGUGGAUUGCGUCAGACACAAUGAUAUGCAAAUAAGAGUUGAUCAUGCCAAUAAAUGCGUGCACUUCGGCGUAGAGGCCGGUGGCGGUGAGUGGUGCUCUACAGCUGAUGAAGCUUGCGGCGGUGCUAUACUUCAGGCCACUCCUGCUGAACAGGUGCGCGAGCAAUUGGUCCGCGCGGCCGAGGUGCUGUCGCGCUGCGCCGCCACGCUGUUCCCGGCGCGGCGGCGUGCGGAGCGCGAGCGCUCGCGCCACGCCAUGGUGCAGCACUACCACGAGCACAAGCACGCCGAGCACCACCGCGUGCUGCAGCGCCACAAGAUCAUCGAGGAGCGCAAAGAGUACAUCGAGCGGCUCAACACCGUGCGCGAGGAGGAGGAACUUAGGCGGCAAGAGGAAGUGUCCCGCGCGGCGGCGGCGGCGGAGGCGCGGCGCCUGGAGGCCGAGCGCGAGGAGCGCGAGCGGCGCCGCCAGGAGUCGGAGCUGGCCGCCAUGCGCGAGCGACACCUGCGGGAGAGGCUCGCGCACGUCAGCCAGACUGCGCACGGACAGAAGAUGCUGCAGAAGCUCGACGAGGAGGCUCUCAAAAAGAUGGAUGCCGAAGCUAUCAAUCAGCGUGAGGCUGAAGUCUUGAUGAAAGAACGACGAGAUCUGCAGGCGAAACUCAAAAAUCAGGAGAAAAAGGUUGAUUACUUCGAGCGUGCUAAACGCUUGGAAGAGAUUCCGUUAUUGCAGAAGAGCUUAGAAGAGAAGCAGGUGCAAGAUAAGGCUUUCUGGGAAGCACAGGAGAAGGAACGAAUUCAACAGCUCAUCGAGGCGCGCGCUCGCGACGUGGAGACGGUGGCGCGGCUGGGCCGCAUGGCGCCGCACGUGGAGCAGUUCACCGAGAAGCUGCGCAGCGAGCGAGGCGCCGCGCACUCGCAGCGCCUCGCCGCCUUCCGCGACAAGCUCAGCGCCGAGCGCGACAAGCGCCUGCUCGAGCGCCGCCAGCAGCGCAUCGACAAGCGGCGCCAGGAGUGGUUAGCAGAGAAACAACGCUCCGAGGAACGCGCGGCAGAGGAAGCUAGACGUAUUCAGGAGGAGGAGGAAAGGAAAGAGCGCGAGGAACGCGAAAGGAAGCACCAAGAAGAAAUGGCAGCAGAACGUGAACGUAAAGAAAAAGAAGAAAGAGAGCAUCAAGAGAUGUUGGCACGGGCGGAAGCUAAGAUCCGCGCUAAGGAGGCAGAGAUCCAGCGCAAGCUGGAGCAGGAGCAGAAGUCGCACACGUCCAGCUGGCGCCGCGGGGAGCCCACCGACCGCGCGCCGCGGGACGACGCCUGGCGCUCCAAGAACGAGCCCAAGGACGACAAGAAGGGCGAUGUCUGGAAAGCAGCCGGUCCCCGUGGGCGUGAUCCUCCGCGUGACGAACGUUCCCGUACGCCUGAUCGUCGCGGCCUCAGAGACGAUCGUCCGGCGUUGAGAGACGACAGACCUCCGGCACGGGAUGAGAGGCCACCGCUCAGAGAUGACAGGCGUGAUGAGCGCUCUCGUGAUGAUCGAAUCGAACGGCCUCGUGAUGAUCGCGCCCGUGACGAUCGCGCUCGGGAUGAUCGUGCUCCUCCGAGGGACGAUGGUGGUUGGCGAUCUUCGAACAGGGAGCCGGAAAAAGACCGUGGAGAUCGUGACAGAGAGAGACCACGUUAUGGCGGCCGUUCCAGCGGUCCAGAAGGUGGCAGCUGGCGUCGCGGGCCCGCUGACCCACCACCUUCAGCUGAACGAUCAUCUACUUGGCGCUCUAAAGAUGGACCUCCACGCGACCGCGAUCGCGAUGGCGGUGGUUUCCGUGAGCGUUAUCCACCUAGAAGAGAUGAUCGUGACGGACCGCGCCGCGACGAUCGCGAUGGCCCGAGGCGAGAUGAUCGCGAUGGGCCGAAGCGUGAUGAUCGCGACGGACCGAGGCGUGACGACCGUGACCGUGAUGGACCGAGGCGCGAUGACCGCGACCGUCGGCCUCCGCCUCGCCGCGAGGAAAAACAGCGCGACCCAGAUGAUGACUGGCAGGCGGUGACCAGGCGAUAA